GUGUACACCGGGAGCGACCAGAAUGUGUGGCUGGCCGACGGCAGCCUGCACAUCUCGGCGACCAAGGACGAGUCGGGCUACAAGUCGGGCCGCAUCAACAGCAAGGCAGGCGGCAGCUGGUUCCCGGGCAUGCAGCUGGCUGAUGGCGCCACGCUGGGCAGCCUCCGUGUGGAGGCGCGGAUACGGGUGCCCCAGCCAGGGCAGGGCAUUUGGGCGGCCUUCUGGCUGAGCCCGCCCAACUUCGCCUACGGCGGCUGGCCCCUGUCGGGAGAGAUCGAUGUCAUGGAGGCAAUCAACUCGAUGAGCAGCAUCACCCAGGACCCCGACAACGUGGUGGACGACACCUCCACGCAGCAGCCCGACCAGAAGCCCUACUCAGAUGGCUUCCACACCUAUGCGGUUGACUGGGACCGCGACUCCGUGACCCUGUCCAUUGAUGGGCUGCAGGCCAAGCGCGUGGUAAGCCGCCAGCUGGACCCUGGCGGCGGCUGGUGGACGGCUGCCGCGCCGGACGACCCGCAGGCGCCUUUCAACAUCCCCUUCUCGAUCAUCCUGAAUGUGGCGGUUGGCGGCGACUGGCCGGGCCCCCCCGAUGACAGCACGCCCUUCCCGGCCACCAUGCUGGUUGAUUACGUCAGGGUGGUCGGGACGGCCGAGUGA